AUGCUGCUGGCCGCCCAGCCUCUGCAGAUGGGAGGGAAGCAGAGCACGGCGGCCCGCUCCAGGACCGCUUUCCCCGGCGUCUCGAGCGACGACAGCGCCGUCCACGCCGCUCACUACGGCCAUUACCGGGCCGGCGGCGGCGGAGGAGGGGGAGGAGGAGGAGGCGGCGGCGGCCCCGCUAUGGGGCUCAGGACUCGCUCGGUCAGCAGCGUGGCCGGGAUGGAGCCGGCUCAUCCCUUCGGGCUCGGCACUGGUGGAAGUGGAGGUGGAGGAGGUCCCGGCAGCGGCGGUGGGCCUGACUCGUCGGGUAACGGUUACCAGGAGACGGGAGGAGGGCCAGGCGCGCGGGAGCUGCAGCUCUACCUGGGCUCGAGAGCGGCAUCACUGUCCGACUCACUGCCGCUUCACCUGGCGCCACGCUGGUUCAACACACACAGCGGUUUCAAGUGCCCAAUUUGUUCCAAAUCUGUAGCUUCUGACGAGAUGGAGAUGCACUUUAUCAUGUGUCUCAGCAAACCACGACUCUCCUACAACGAUGAUGUGCUGAGUAAAGAUGCUGGAGAAUGUGUAAUCUGUUUGGAAGAACUUCUGCAAGGGGACACAAUAGCUCGACUUCCUUGUCUUUGUAUCUACCAUAAAAGUUGUAUAGAUUCAUGGUUUGAAGUGAACAGAUCAUGUCCAGAACACCCUUCAGACUGACCUCUCCUGGCCUGCAGCUGCUUAUAGCCUUCUGUUAAAGGGCACUUUGCUCACUUUGGCUACGCCCUUACCUGGAGGUUAAGAAUCUGAUACACUCGAAGUUUACCCUUAAACUGAAUUCCAGCACCAGUUUUGGAACAAGAGAAACAAAAGCACCAAAUGAAAUUUCUGCAUCCCAAACUUGGAUAAAGAAGGAAGUAUGGGAAGAUCACCGACUGGUAGAUCAAUCACAUCAGCCCCAGAAUAAUGGAACGACUGAUUCUAUUUGAAAAGACUGUACAGGAAAAAAGGGGAAAAGGACUAGCCAAACAGAGCACGAUUGUUUUUUGGGUUUGAGAGUGCUGUGGAAAAGUCUUGUCUCUGGGAUGUGAUUUCAAGGUGUCAACCAGAACAGGUUAUAAAAGCAAAAGAGAGUGGAAUUCACGUAUGUUGACCAAGUUCUGAAAAUGCCAGAAUGUAAAGCGUUGAGUGUCCGUGGGCUUGUAGUUGUGUCCAUGAUGUGUUUACACAGUGUCCAGUGUAGCCAGCGUGUUCUUGCUGAUAUGUGUACAGACACGAGCACUCUCCUGGUUUUUCCAUCCCACUUUGUGACAGAUGUUGCCAAAAAUUUAACACAAAAACAGACCUCCCUCUUGUACUGAAAGGAUCUGUUCCUUGUCGACAAUUUUCUGCCAGAAGCUCUCUCUGCACUAACAUUUAAACCUGGAAUUCUGUCUUCUCGAGCUCGUCAGCUCAGCGCUGCAAAAUGACACAGGCAUCCUAAAGAGACAGUUAAAAUCUCUUUUUUGCCAUCCACCCAAGGCCCUUGUGGAAUUUUUAUGGCUGCAAUUUCCUCUAGAGACUAGUGAAUCUGUCCUGCUGUUAAAGAUAUCAAUUUUACUUCAGCUUGUUAUGUAGCCUGAAUGUUCAGGCUGGUGUAUUUAUAACAGCUGGAGAAAGAUGCUCCCUUUUGUUUGUCAAGGUGUUUUGAUAUGGUGUACCAUCACGAUGUUCAAUAAACUAUCGAAUGAGCAUUUACAUUAAUUUGUGCCAGAUAAACUGAAAUGGAGCUAAGAUUUCCCUUUUCUAAUUUUAUUUUAACAAACAUCUUCAUACAUGAAAAAUUACAGCAUGGUGUAAAGAUUUUUUUACUACUUUGGUUGAAGUAGGCUUCUAGUAAGUCUCAGGAAAUGCAAUGGACCUGCACGUGACCCAGUUGUGGGUAGUUUUCCACUUUCGUUAGGGACUACAAUUACAUUGGAAGGCCAGUUUAUAGCAGCAAGGGCUUUACAAUGUUUGCCAGAGCUAUGGACUAUUGCUACUAUUCAGUAAUGUGUUUACAGCGACUGCAAGUUGACAGGAGUAACUUAAACUAGGAUUCAUAGCCCUGCGCUCUCUGGUCAUCCAGAACUCCUAAGCAGAGCCAGUACGCUGAUCCCCACAAACAUUGGGAGGAACCUGAAUUUGCUAGGCACAGGCAGUCAGAAUAUCAGGGAGUUAAUUCCCUGUUGCAGCAUUUACUAGUAAAUUAAAUGGUAAUUUUUUUCCAAACAAAAACUAGUGUUAAUGAACAGUCAGACAAGUAAGAAAGAGACCAGGGAUGAUGAUUACAAGGAAUGAAAGUUACAUCUGGAAAAUGAGUGUUCAGAAGGAAAAUGUGGACCACGCACACCAGCAUUUAUAAUAAAAAAUGGUGUUAGCUAGCGGAUUUCAGAAUCAAGACAAAUUGCACUAGUGGUCAAAAAACCAUUUGAAACCAUGCUGCUAGCAGUUUUGGGUACUUCAAGUUACUGCAUGACGGGUAUUGAGUUUGAGCGUAAGAUAUAUUACUGCGAGAAAAUUGUGCUUUUCCCAGAAAUGUGAGUAGGCCUGGCACUUCCUGGAACUGUGUACAGUCAUUGUGAUAUUAAUGUUUUGAUGUGGUGGGUUAUGGACUUUCCCAUGUGUACAGCAAUUGACUUACAUAGCAGGAUUGUGUUGCUGCUGUUUUUACUGUGCGUUUGGUUCUAGCCUCAGCUUUACAUUUCCCUUCUACUUUUGUAAUGGUUUCACUGUGCGCUCUGAUUCUUUAAAUGACUUGGCCAGAGGUCACAAUGAUAAGGUCCUCGUAAAGUAAUCUGUUAAGGAUUUAAAGAUGUUCACACUUUGGGUACAGUGAAGCAAGAAUUUACUCUUUUUAAAAGAACUUAACUUUGGUUUAAAGAUGUUGCACGAUACACAGCACAUUCAUAAUGACUUAAAGUAUUGCACUUUUGUUUUCUGUGUAUGUAUGUAUUUUUAUUUUAGUUUACUGGAUGCUUUUGCACUGCUUUAAUCUGAUACAGAUUCUCACCUGGGUGGUCAGUCCUUUUUUUUUCAAGGUGAACAUUGUAAAAAGUAUAUCAAAGUCUAAGCUUAUUUACUUAAUUUUGAAUGCCUCUUGUGUAAUUAUUACUUAUUCUGAUUUAUCCUGUCAUAGUGCCUUGAGUUUAAACCAUUUUUGGUGCUCUCAUUGAGCUGACAUUGAGUUUCCAGCCUGUUUUUUGGUAGUUUUGAUAAAUCUGAGGGAAUUAACAGCGCAACUAUAUUUUCUUCUUUCUUCACAAAUCCCAUAUCAAGUAAUAAUUCAAAAAAAUACUUUUUCUUUCAAAUGUGUGUGAAAGAAAUAUGGAGCUAAGAUCUAAAUUAAAAUUGCAUCAACUCUUUGUUCCUCAUUCUCAUAAAAUUCUGUCCCAUUUCUGCUCGAUAGCUGAACAUCUAACCUAUAACAAAUGUUUAACUGCUGUCUCCUCUUCUCAACAGCACAACUGAGAUUUAUGGCACCAUCCAGUUUGUAUCUAAUCCAGUUGCAGCUGUGUACAAUAUUUGACUGCUUGUGUCAAGCAUGGAUGCCACCUAGUGGCACAGCAUUAAGUAGCCCAAUUCAACAAAGAUAUUUUUAAAAGCAGAUUGAAGCUAGCAUCAACAUUCUUGCAUAAAACCUGAUGCAUAUAUUUUUUAAUGGAAAUUAAAGGAAAAUUUUAAAUACUCAGCUGCUUCAUCUGCAUCUGAAAACAUUUUGACAUUAACAUUUUGAUAUGAAACACCUAUUCAAAUCCUUAUUAAGAAUUUAAGGGUAUUAGAGCAUUUGUUGAUCCUUUGCAAAUGGCUGCAAUAAAAAGGAAGUUGUCCUAAAGCUGCAUGAUUCCACAGUUGUGCCUGUUUUUUCUUUGUUUUGAUUAAAUUUACUCUUAGAUAGGGUAGUCACCAAGUGCUGUCCUACAGGAUGUGGGAUAGCGCCUGUUAUUUCUCAUGCACUUGACCUCGAUGAUUGUUUUCACUGGGGCAGGAAUUGAUCAUUUCCCCUCAGUCAGGAAGUAAAGCUCAUCAGGUAAGCCAUCGCAGGCCACAAUGACUCACACAGUUAAACAGCUGCUUUAGUCAAGAGGCCCUGGGAGCAACUGACUUUCUUGUCAGUCUGGAGUGAUGAAUGGUGCAUGGCAUGACGAGAGGAAAGAGCAGCUAAAUUGAGAAAGGAGAAUUUGUACCUAAAUAAUUAAGAUGCAUUGUUGCUCAAACAUUUACCCAAAAAAAUACUUUACAAUACAGUCCAAUUUAUUUUCCCCAUAAUUUCUUUGCCUAUGGAGGUUGCAAAAGAAUUCUGCAAUAUCUCAUUUGUUAGUUUAAAAAUGGAGAAGCUCUGAUUGUUGAUUUGCAGGACAAGUAAGAUCCUGAUUAUUAGCUUCCCAUGCCAUUAUUCUAUCAACGUAAUUUAUACACUCAUGUUGACAUGUGUGUCUUCAGGUGCCAUAUCCUCCAAUUGAUUUCAACCACUUUUCUACAGGGAGCACAAGAGCAAUGAUUUAAGGAAUUGUGUCUCUUAAAUACUGCUCCAUUUUAACAGCUGAACAUCACAGCCAUGGCCCAGACUACUUGUACGCAUUGCACUUAGGAGGCUCUCUCUCUCGUGGUCCCUCGAAGCGAGGAGAAUGCUUGCCUAGGAGUACAUCCCAUAGCAAGAACCUGCGUGUGGAAUCUUUUAACAUGGGGAGGUUGCUGCAAUGCAGCUACUACAUGGUUGCGGCUGACCAGGAGACUCUCCGCUCUUACCGCCUGCCAUAUUCAUACAGGAAGAGUUUGCAAGUUGAUAAUCAACCUGUUUGGCCACAUUAUGAAUGCAGCUUUCAUGGCCAUCAAGUCCUGGAGUGGGACUUGAAUUCAAAGCUUCUGAUUCAGAAGUAGGGAUGCUACCCACUGCGCCAUAAGACCUCCACUCAGGAGACUAAUACAUUAUAAUCCAAAACAAUUUUUAAAAAGUACAGGUACUGUAAACUUUUCAUCUCUAUCGUAGUCAUUUUGUUGAAUGCUGAUUCCAUUGGAAGAUAGAAAGUAGACAAUUCAGAUUCUCAAGCCUUCACCAUUCAGUUAGAGCAUAGCUGAUCUGCACCUCAACUCCAAAUACCUGCCUUUGCUCCAAUUCCUUUGAUAUCCUUGCAUAACAAAAAUCUAUCUCUCUUGGUUCAGGAGUUAACAGCCUUUUGUGGGAGGAGGGGCUUGGGGGAGAGCUCCAUAUUUCUACUAACCUUAGUUUGAAAAAGUGCUUCCUGAUUUAAAUCCUGAAUGACCUCACUCUAAUUUUAAGGUUGAUUUUGAUAUUCCCUAUCAGAGGAAGCAGAGUAAAUAUGGAAAAACUGUCAGGUGUUUCUAAUUUUUUAAGCACCUCUAUCGGAUCAAUACUUAAUCUUCUGUGCUCAAGGAAAUACAAGCCAAGUUCACACAGUCAUAAUUUGACCCUCUAAACCCUGCUAUCACUCUAGGAAUUUGUGUUGCAACUCCUCUAAAGCCAUUAUAUCAUUGCUAAAUGAGAUACUCAAAAAUGAGUACAGAACUCAGAUGGGGUCUGACUAAGGCUGUAUACAACUGAAAAAUAAAUUCUUCUACUUGUACUCCAACCCCCUUGAGAUAAAAGCAAACAUUUCAUUAGCCCCUGAGUGCAUUUUGUAUCCAUCUGCUAGCUUUUAAUGAUUUGUGUUCUUGAACUCCCUUUAACUUGAAAUACCACAAUUUAUGGUUCUCGGGCCCUAAAUGAAUGAUUUCACACUUGUCUAAAUCGAACUCCAUUUUCCAUACUACUGGCUGCUUCUUUAAUCAUACUAUGUCCCUUUUUAACUUCCUUGUCCCAUUUCAAUGAGUUGCUGUCCCUCCUAACUUAAUGUUAUCUAUCAACUUGACGUACAACUUUAUUCCUUCAUUCAAGUCAUUAAUAGGUAUGGUGAAAACUUGGGGCUGCAGAACUGAUCCCAGAUGCUGAAUCUUAUCAUUAGGGAUAGAUUGACUAGUUUGAGAAUCACCACUUGUCGCAUCCUUUCUGAGACCUACCUUACUCCACUCUUUGUUUACUAUCUCCCAACCAAUUUCCAACAUGUUAAAAGGCUACUUCCAAUUCUGUAUACUCUAGUUUUGCUUUUUUUUG